ACAAUAUAUUGAGUUAAACAGCUGGAUAACGGACAGAAAUGGCGCCAGGAAUGUUGGACCGCCUGUACCUUGUCAGAGUUUUGACCAUCCUCGUGUUAGCACAUCUGGCGGGAGGUGAAGAUGUCUGUCAUGAUCUAGGUGAGAGCUGUAUGUUCAUGCCAUUGUCCGAGGUCACAUGGGAGUCGGCCACAAAAAUGUGCGAACUACUUCACCCCAAAGCGAGGUUGCUUAGCAUUGACUCGGCGGCCAAACAGAAAAAGAUCUCCGUAACACUGCAGCGACUUAACGUAACCGAUAAAUCUUUCUGGGUGGGUGGAAGGCAAGAAGCUACCCACUGGCACUGGGUUGUAGAUAAAUCCCCUCUUACAUGCUAUAUGGGCUCCUGUUCAAUUGUCAGGGACAAAAAAGAGUGGAGCGACAGUUCGAUAUAUAGGAACUCUGCGGCAGCUUGCAGUCAAACCUGUAGAGCCAAAGGCUUCACAAAGGCAUAUUUGCAGGAAAGGACGUGUAUCUGUGGUAAUGAUUUGUGCGGUACCGUUGUAUCAAAGAAUGGAAGACAGAAAACCUGCCCCGGGGAUCCUCAAGAUAGUUGUGGGAACAAAUCAUCACAUCUCUACAGCGUUUACACUGUUUCCGACUUCAGGUGGACAACAGGUGGGCUAUCAUUGGUGACGAAGGACAUUGAGCCAGGAAGGGCCUGUGCUACAGUAGUCAAUGAUGCAUUUGAUAGAAGGAUUCGACUAACUGACAAAUUGUGUGAUGGCAAACAAAAAGCCAUCUGCCAGUAUGAAUCAAAUGUAUCCUGUGAUCGAGGUCUAUCCAGAGAUCUCUGCCUAUGGAUCAUCAAUACUCCAUCAACAUGGUUUGAGGCUCGCGCGACAUGCCGCGAGGGCCGUGGAGACUUAGCUGUCUUAAAGGGAGAAAACUCUGUGAAUGUUUCAGCUCUAGAAUUGUGGAGACAUUAUUGGAUUGGUCUGUGGAGACUCAGCGAGACGUGGACUUCCGGUGAGGACAUUACUUUCCGCCCAAAUCCAAUAAGUGUGGGUUGUUUGUUGAUAACGACAGGCACCAAAGACCUGAUUUGGACGGGGGCAGACUGCCUCCUACAGAAGGAAUACAUCUGUGAGAAAAAGAAAAGUGAAGAUGAUGGCGAAGAAUCAACGACAGAUAUAAGCAGACGCACAGGGUUUAAUUGUCCACUAAAUCCCUCGACAAAAGGACCAUUACAUGAGAGUACAUCAGAAGACGGUGUUACUGAGACUACCUCAAAAGACCACACUCGGGAAACUGAUACAUCACCAAUAAUUAAAGGUAUUGUGGCAGUUUGUCCCGUUGUUAUCAUCACCCUUCUAGGUGUCUGUAUGUACAUGUACAGGUCACGCUGUCGGACACAUCGAAAUGGACAAAACGCAGAAGAGAUGGUUCAAUACACGGCAGUUACAUGAGUCAUCAUCACAUGGUCUACAAGUCAUUUUUCGCCAUUCAUAUAUACAAGGCAUCCUUGCUGGCAUCUGGAAGGCCCUUAUGUA